GGAGGAGGAGGAGGAGGAGGAGGAGGAUGCAAGGAGGAGUGGGGUUGGGAAUUACAAGGGCUGACGCAUGUGGACGAGAAGGGAAGGCCGCAGAUGGUAGAGGUUGGAAGCAAGCAGGUGAGCCAGCGAGUAGCGACAGCGUCAGCUCUCUUGUGGGCCCCUGACGAAGUAAUGAGCCUGCUGGACCAGAGCACAGGGGAGAUGCAGGGUAGAAAGGGGCCGGUGAUCGCCACGGCUAUCAUAGCCGGAACGAUGGCGGCGAAGAAGACGCACGAGCUGAUUCCUCUGUGUCACCCGCUCAUGAUCGAGGGAUGCAGUCUGGAGGCUGAGCGCGUGGGGAAGAACGAGCUCAAGCUGUGGUGUACCGUUCGGACUAGUGGCAAGACGGGGGUGGAGAUGGAGGCGCUGACGGGCGUGAGUGUCGCGGCUCUGACCGUCUAUGACAUGUGCAAGGCCCUCUCGCACGACAUGGUGAUCAAGGAGACGAGGCUGGAGCGAAAGACAGGAGGGAAAUCAGAUUUCUCACGAGAGCAGCGUGAGCUGUGA